CACGAGCUGCACGCACUCAGACGUGCACAUCAAACAGUGAACAACAGCGCCGCAAACGCAGCAGCAAAGGCACGUGUGGUUUUUUUUUUGCACCAGAUUCCAAAAUUUUCGGUUUAUUUUUUACCACCACCACAUCGUUUCUGGUUACUUCCCCAGCUAAUGGGGAAGCAGCAGCUGGUGUCACCACUCGUCAACGCGGUACCAAACGUCCUCACUCAACAACGAAUACAUCCCAGGAACAUGGCCAGACCAAGUCCGACCCUACCCUGA